ACUGUCACAAGUUGAUCCCUGUUUCUUUUGUCAUCUAAUUUUGGGCUUGGUGUUAAUAUUUAAACCUGCUGUGCCACGGGCUGUCUGGGUCGUGCGCGCCACGUGCGCAUGGCGUCUGCAGAGAGAGCAACAGUAGAUGUUGUGGUGCGGUUCUCUAAAAUGUGUAAAGUUCCAUAUUCAAUGUCCCAUGGCAGAGGCAGCAGCAGCAGCAGCAGCAGCAGCAGAAGAAGAAGAAGAAGAAGAAGGAGCGGCGGUGCAGCCCGACGUCCCCUCGCCGUCCACCGGCAGUGGUUCCAUCCACCUGAAGAUCUCUGAGACGAUUCUCAUUACCAGCGGAGGCAGCGCAGCGCUUGGAAAGGGUGAAUCAAUCUGAGAGAGAGAGAGGGAGAGGGAGGGAGAGAGGGAGGGGGAGAGAGAGAGAGAGAGAGAAGGCAGCAGCAGCGUCGGCGGCGGCUCUGCAGUGGAAUACGCUGUUGUCUGAGGGAGAAGGUGAGAGGGAGAGAGGGAGAGAUCCUCUCGGAGUUAACACCGACCUGGAGGCGCGCGGAUGCGAGAUGCGUUUCGGGACUUGACCGCAGCAUCAUCUUCAAAAAUCAGGAGGAAAAAAAAGUAACUCCUGGGUUCUUCUCACUCCACAAAAAGCCCCAGUCGAAUCCCCAGACAACACAAGGGAGGAAAAAAGACAAAAAACUGGGGGAAUAACAUCUGUUUAUCUGCAUAUUUCUACCUUCGAAAAAAAAAAACAAGAGGAAAAAGCACAGAGAUCUCGGAGGAUGUGGAAUUAGAAAUUACAAAUUGCGAUUGGAGGACCAAAGGGAAAGUGAACCUUCUCACCUCACCUGUACCUUCGGAUUAAAGAGCAGGGUCAUGUCCCAGUUGCCAUGCGCAUCGCCACGUUGACCUGCCUUCCCGGCCCCUCCCCCUUCCUCUUUUUACUGGCCCAGCUGCUGCUGCGGUUCCUCCUCCCUGGGCCGGAGUUGGUGGGAGCCGCCUCCUCCUCCUGCCCCUCCCUCUGCACCUGCUCCAACCAGGCCAGCCGAGUCAUCUGCACCAGGCAGAACCUGGAGGAGGUGCCCGAGAGCAUAUCAAUCAACACGCGAUACCUCAACCUGCAGGAGAACUCCAUACAGGUUAUCAAGUCCGACACUUUCAAGCACUUGAGGCACCUCGAGAUCCUCCAACUCUCCAAGAAUCAGAUCCGUCAGAUCGAAGUCGGAGCUUUUAAUGGCCUCCCCAACCUCAACACACUGGAGCUCUUCGACAACCGCCUCACACUGGUGCCAUCACAUGCUUUCGAGUACCUCAGCAAGCUGCGGGAGCUGUGGCUGCGCAACAACCCCAUUGAGACUCUGCCCGGCUAUGCCUUCCACCGUGUGCCCUCGCUACGUCGCCUGGACCUGGGUGAGCUCAAGAAGUUGGAUUUCAUCUCCGACGCGGCCUUCGUGGGCCUCAUCAAUCUUCGGUACCUGAACCUGGGCAUGUGUGGACUGAAGGACAUUCCCAAACUGACAGCCCUUGUGCGUUUGGAGGAGCUGGAGCUGUCUGGAAACCGUCUGGAGAUUAUUCGACCCGGCUCCUUUCAGGGCUUAGUGUCUCUCCGCAAGCUGUGGCUCAUGCACUCACAGGUGUCUGUCAUUGAGCGCAAUGCCUUCGAUGACCUGAAAAGCCUGGAGGAGCUCAACCUGUCCCAUAACUCUCUGCACUCCUUGCCCCAUGACCUCUUUACGCCCCUUCACCAGCUGGAGAGGGUACACCUUAACCACAACCCCUGGGUCUGCAACUGUGAUGUGCUUUGGCUUAGCUGGUGGUUGAAAGAGACGGUGCCCAGCAACACCACCUGCUGUGCUCGCUGCCAUGCUCCCCCAUUCUUAAAGGGCAAGUACAUUGGAGAGCUUGACCAGAGCCACUUCACCUGCUAUGCGCCUGUCAUUGUGGAGCCACCUACGGACCUCAAUGUCACUGAAGGAAUGGCUGCUGAGCUGAAGUGUCGCACGAGCACGUCCACGACAUCUGUUAACUGGAUCACCCCUAAUGGCACUCUAAUGACCCACGGCUCUUACAAGGUGCGGAUAUCAGUCCUGCAUGAUGGCACACUCAACUUCACAAAUGUCACCCUGCGAGACACAGGCCAAUACACCUGCAUGGUCACCAAUGCUGCUGGCAACACCACGGCAACUGCUGUCCUUAAUGUCACAGCUGCUGACGCCAGUGUCAACUACACCUACUUCACGACGGUCACCGUGGAGACAGUGGAGACUCCAGGAGAUGAGGAAUCUGCACUGGUUGCCAUCAAUGAGACAUUCAUCCGUGUUCACCCUGGCCCCACUCCUUCGGGCCACUUGUGGCCAGAAGGUGUUUCUACCACAGCCUCUUCUCUGUCAGCCGGCUGGUCCUCCACCUCUCCUCGGGCCACGCGGCCCACCUUCACUGUGCCCAUCACGGAGCCGGGCUUCUCAGGCCUAGAUGAUGUGAUGAAGACCACCAAGAUCAUCAUUGGCUGCUUCGUAGCCAUUACCUUCAUGGCAGCGGUGAUGUUGGUGGUGUUCUACAAGCUGAGGAAGCAGCACCAGCUGCAUAAACACCACGGCCCGGCUCGUGCCAUCGAGAUCAUCAAUGUGGAGGACGAGCUGGGGGCUGGGGCCAGUGGUCGAGGCAGCGGCAUCUCAGGAGGCUCCACCGUGACACAGAGCGGAAGCAGUGGAAUAGGAGGGGGCCAGAGCCUCAGGCUGCACCACCCAGAGAUGGUCAACCUUCCGAACCUCGCCCGAUCAGAGCACCUCAACCACUACUACAAAACCCAUCACUUCAACAACAACAUGAUGGGCCUGGGCAUGGGCACAGGUCCUGGUGUGGGUCUCAACAACAACAACAACCCCUCGCCUUGCUCUCAGUCUCAGAACUUAUCCUGUUCCCAGGUUCCAACCUCCACCGGCGGGGGUACGCUCACAGGUGGCACCCUCCCCUCCCCUGUGCCCCUGCCCCCGUUGGGUCUCCACAGUUCCCUGAAAGGCCUCAUGGGGAAAGGCCAGAACGAGCCACUGCUCUUUAAGAGCGGCUCCAAAGAAAAUGUGCAAGAAACUCAAAUCUGAGUAAAAGUGAGAGUGGAAGUAAGGGGUAAGGAGACAGGGACCCUGGAUAGAGACAAUGAGACAGAGAGCAUCUGAGUAUAUGAGACUGAUUGUAGCCUACUGUCCUCAUGGACAGGUUCCAGCAAAGAUGAAAUUUCACGUAGUCACUGCUUUGUGUUGUCAGUUUGUUGACAGAGAGAAGCAGGUAGGAAGACCGAAGGAGACGGGACAGCAUCUGAUCAGCACUAGUCCGACAACAGCAUCUGCACAUAACUUUCAGCUAUAUCAGUCACACACACAAAAAAAAAUAACCACAAAGAUCAGAGUCGUUCAGUUAGCUGUGCAACCUGCUAAAGUCUUUGCCAAAGUCCAAGAUCCAGCCAACUCUUUCCAUUUGCGUCCACAAUCAGAGUGAGAUACGAAUGAUACACAUGUGUAGUGAGCCUCUGUAGGUUUUAUACAGAUUGCUUCGUGUAUUUCCAGACACAUUCAGUGUAUAUAUUUGGAGGGAGACAUAAUAUUGGCCAUUGACCAUGUUGUCAGAUUAGUGUUUGGCAGAGACUCUGAAAAACAAACGAGCGGUUCGGCUGAACGGUACGGGCCCAGGUUUUUCCAGGAAGCACGACAACAGAACGGAGAAAGCUAAAUUAGAGGCAGUGCAGUGAUUCUGUCCAGGACACACGUUUCAGGCUAGUCGUUUGCAGGGAGACAGAACAACAACAGUUGUUUCUUCGAAGAGGUUUCACUCUCACUUUCUCACUUUUUUUCCCUUUCACACCUUACUGGCUACUGUCUUCUAUGAAGGAGGAAAGGCACAGUGUGAGUUACCAUGGGAGAAGAAGAAUCCCAUGCCACAAAGGACAAUGCGAGAGAAAAGAGAUUUAAAGGGACUGAAAGUACAUAUUAUAUAUACCGUAAAUAUAUUUUCAUUCAAAGAAAUAAAUUAUAAAGAAUCCUUAUCAAGCUUCUGACUGAAAACUACAAUGUCUGAAGAAUAUAUAUAUAAAAAAAAAAACCAAACACGUACGCUCACAGCUGUUUUAGUGGCCCUCUCUUACAACUUCUCUCAA